AUGAAUAAAAUCAAACUUUCCAGUUUUACUUACUUGCGAAACGUGUUUUACUUGGAAGUUACCAUUGGAGUUAUUGCUAACACAGCCCUGCUUCUCUGUCAAGUCCUUACCUUCCUUCUGGAACACAACCUCAAGCCCGUUGAUCAGACCAUUGGUCUUUUGGCCCUUAUCCAUAUAGUAAUGCUCAUAAUUGUGGGUUUAAUAGCCAUGGAUACUUUUGAGUUUCAGUAUUUUGGGGAUGACAUCACGUGUAAAUGUGUUAUCUAUUUGUAUGGAUUGCUGAGGGGCCUCUCCAUCUGUACCACCUGCCUGCUCUGUGUCCUCCAGUCCGUCAUCCUCAGUCCAAGAAGCUCCUGCUUGGCAAAGUUCAAACAGAAACUCUUGAACCAGAAUCUGUGUUGUGUUCUCUUUUUAUGGGUCUUCAAUAUGCUCCUCAGUGGUCGUUUCUUAAUCUCCACUGUUGCCACUCCAAAUGUGACUUCACAUAGUCUCAUGUUUGUCACUCAGUCCUGCUCCCUUUUGCCCACGAGUUACAUACUCAAGUACAUAUCUAUCUCAGUUCUGAGUUUCCAGCACAUGUCCUUUAUAGGGCUCAUGGUGCUUUCAAGUGGGUACAUGGUGCUUCUCUUGUGCAGGCAUAGAAGGCAGUUUCAGUAUCUUCACAGCACCAGCCUGUUUCCUAAAACAUCUGCAGAACAAAGGGCGACCAAGACUAUUUUGUUGCUCAUGAGUUUCUUUAUUAUCAUGUACGUUUUUGACAGUGUUACUGCCUCUACCUCUGCAAUUUUGUGGGACUAUGACCCAAUUCGUUAUUUUGUUCAAAUGCUUGCUGGUAAUGCAUAUGCCACAGUAAGUCCUUUGGUGCUAAUUAGUACUACAAAAAGAAUGAUCAAGCUUGCAACACCCAUGAAGGGAUAG